GUCUCCCCACGCUGCUGCUGGGGGGACUUUUUAACCUAGGCCUGUGCCUGUGUAUGGCCUUCAAUUUAAGCUGCUUACGCUUCGCCACUCUGCCAUGGGCCCCUGUACCGCGCCUCCUCAUGCUGCUGCCAGGUCCAGAGUGUGUCAUGGGUCCCUGUACGGCCUCCCAUUGCUGCUGUCUCCAUCGCCACACUCUGCCAUGUGCCACUUUCAGGUCUCCUCACACUGCUGGUGGGUUCCAUUUUGUCAUAGGGUGCUGUAUGGCCUCCCAUUGCUGCUGCCUCCACCGCCACACUGUGGCUCCACACUCUGGUUUUGGCCCCAUGACUGCCCAAAUGAGUGAAGUGUGCGGUGAUUCUAAGAUCGACGGCACUCAUCUGCAUGUCAUACUG